UACCUGCGGAUCCCCGAGACGAUCUCACAGUGAAGUGCGGCGAAGUUGUAUUUUUUGAGCUUUUUUUGCUGUGCCCCUCGAGGAGUUCUAUAUUUAAAUAUUGUUUAUUGGCCGUUAAGUCGGCGGAAGAGCGGCGAACUCCCUGGAUGUCAAGAGCGAUCAUGCCUCGCCUGUCCAUAACUUGUGCUCUAACCAUCCUGCUCGCACUGGCUUCUAAUGCCUUGGAAGGACCAGACGCAGCGACAAGGACGGCAACAGAGGGCACACGAACGGGAAUCGGAACGAAACCGGAAACGGAAAAGGCAAUGGAGGUCCCCCCAGAGGCGGAAGCCCCUGUUCGCGAGGUGAUAUCGCUGCUGGGCGCAAUCGAUGCCAUGGAGUCCGUUAUCCUGGUCCCAGACGCUGGCGACAAGUGUCCUGGCGGCUAUUUCCACUGCAACACCACGGCGCAGUGUGUUCCGCAGCGGGCGAACUGCGACGGAAGUGUCGACUGCGACGACGCCUCGGAUGAGUUUAACUGCGUCAACGAGGUGGACGCCAAGUACUGGGACCACCUGUACAGGAAGCAGCCCUUCGGCAAGAACGACAACCUCAAGAUUGGCGAGUGCCUGUGGCGCAACGAGAACUUUAGCUGUCCUUGUCGAGGGGCCGAAAUUCUGUGCCGCUUUCAACAGCUUACCGUUAUACCAGGACUACUGCCGCAGCACGAUCUGGCAACGCUCGAUCUAACGGGAAACAAUUUCGAAACCAUUCACGAGACCUUCUUCAGUGAGCUGCCAGACGUGGAGAUAUUGGUCCUGAAGUUCUGCUCAAUCCGUGAGAUUGCCUCGCAUGCAUUCGAUCGCCUGGCGGACAACCCACUGCGGGAGCUUUAUAUGGACGAUAAUAAAUUACCGCAUCUGCCGGAACACUUCUUUCCCGAGGGCAAUCAAUUGGAGAUUCUAAUUUUGGCACGCAACCGCCUGCACCACCUGAAACGGAGCGACUUCCGAAAUCUACAGCAUCUGGAGGAGCUGGACCUGCGCGGUAAUCGCAUUGGAAACUUCGAAGCCGAGGUGUUUGCCCAACUACCGAAUUUGGAAAAGCUCUAUCUCAACGAAAACCACUUAAAGCGACUGGACCCUGAGAGCUUUCCCAAGACCCUGCUCAAUCUGUUCACGUUGUCCUUGGAUCACAAUCAGAUCGAGGAAAUCUCCGCCAGCACAUUUCCCUUUCCGCGGCUCAGGCACUUAUAUCUGGCUGGCAAUCGAUUAUCCCACAUACAAGAUGAAACUUUUUGCAAUCUAAGCAAUCUACAAGGACUACACUUGAACGAGAACCGCAUCGAGGGAUUCGACCUGGAGGCCUUCGCCUGUUUGAGGAACCUCACCUCGCUGCUGCUAACGGGCAAUCGCUUCCAGACCCUCGAUCCGCGGGUUCUGAAAAACCUGAGCAGCCUGGAUUAUAUUUACUUCUCGUGGUUCCAUUUGUGUAGCGCCGCCAUGAAUGUGCGGGUCUGCUCUCCGCACGGCGAUGGCAUCAGCAGCAAGUUGCACCUACUGGACAAUCAGAUAUUGAGAGGCAGUGUUUGGGGUAUGGCCUCCAUCGCCGUGGUGGGCAACCUACUGGUCCUGCUCGGGCGCUACUUCUACAAGUCGCGGAGCAACGUGGAGCACUCGCUCUACCUCCGCCACCUGGCCGCCAGCGACUUCCUCAUGGGCAUUUACCUGACGCUGAUUGCCUGUGCGGACAUAAGUUUUCGCGGGGAGUACAUCAAGUACGAGGAGGCCUGGCGGCACAGCGGCGUUUGUGCCUUCGCAGGCUUCCUCAGCACCUUCAGUUGCCAGUCGUCGACGCUGCUCCUCACAUUGGUCACCUGGGAUCGUCUCAUGUCUGUGACGAGGCCCCUGAAGCCCCGAGACACGGAGAAAGUUCGAAUUGUCCUGCGGCUGCUGCUCUUGUGGGGCAUUAGUUUUGGGUUGGCUGCCGCUCCACUCCUCCCCAAUUCCUACUUUGGAAGCCACUUCUAUGGCAACAACGGUGUCUGCCUGUCCCUGCACAUCCACGAUCCCUAUGCCAAGGGUUGGGAGUACUCGGCGCUGCUGUUCAUCCUGGUCAACACGAUGUCCCUGGUGUUCAUCCUGUUCUCCUACAUAAGGAUGUUGCAGGCGAUUCGAGAUUCCGGCGGCGGAAUGCGGAGCACUCACAGCGGUCGGGAGAACGUCGUGGCCACUCGCUUCGCCAUCAUUGUGACCACCGACUGCGCCUGCUGGCUGCCCAUAAUUGUGGUCAAGGUGGCUGCCCUUUCGGGCUGCCAGAUCUCGCCCGAUCUCUACGCCUGGCUGGCGGUGCUGGUGCUGCCCGUGAACUCUGCCCUCAACCCGGUGCUCUACACGCUGACCACGGCGGCCUUCAAGCAGCAGCUGCGUCGCUACUGCCACACCCUGCCCAGCUGCUCGCUGAUGAACAACGAGACCCGAUCCCAAACCCAGACCGCCUACGAGUCCGGGCUGAGCAUCAGCCUGGCCCACUUGGGCGGCGGAGUGGGCGGCGGAUCGGGCCGCAAGCGGCUGUCCCACCGGCAGAUGAGCUAUCUGUAAGGGAACGGCCGAUUCUGGUCAGGUCCGCAGCACGAGAUCAACAGACUUACAUACAAGAGUGCAAGGGGGUGGGUGGCUUUACCUUUGGACACUUCCAAGUAAUUGGAGCCUUACACUUG